AUCACAAUUUUCAUCCAAAUUUCAAUCUCCUAAUCAAAUUCCUCUCUUCUCUUCAAAAUCGCCCCAAUGGCCGGAGGAAAGAAGACAAAAGCUUCGAAGAAGAAGAUCACCGUCGAGGCUACGAGCUCUGCGCCUCAACCUUUCCCAUACCUGGACGGAUCCUUCUUGGAGUUCGGGUCGGAAGAGGAACUUACUCGCUUCAUCACCCACUUCGCCAAACGUCCCAUCUCACCGCCAAGGGUGCUGCCCGAGCUGUUCCCUCAACAGAAGGGAUACUACGACCUUGACAACCAACUCAAGGAGUCGGGUUUGUGGCCCUUUGUCUCCAGGAGUCGCACCGCCUUCAAUCCCGCUUAUGUCCGGGCCUUCUACUCCAAUCUCCGCCGAGACGGGGACACCAUCUGGAGCAGCAUCAAUCUCUAUGACAUAGAGUUCGACUUGGCUACUUUUGCUCGGGUUGCAGGGCUGCCCACCCGCAGUGACGACAUCGCGACAUAUGGUGCCCCACCGGAGAAGCGCCUUCUACUCUACAUCCUCACCCGAAUUCUUCGCCCCCGGGACAGUAGCCACACAUGUCUCUUCAACGAGGAUCUCAAGGCGGUUCAUGCUAUCACCCAUGGCGCCUCGAUCAAUUGGGCAAAAUACGUCAUGAUUCACAUGGCUGAUUGCGCCUCCAUCACCACCGAGCGGAGCUUGCCAUACGCCUUCCUCGUCAUGGAUCUCAUUGUUGCCUCCGACAUCCACAUCGCCAGCCCGGACACGAAGAUGACGAAAGUUUGGAUCAUCCAAGACAGCACCUUCCGGAAGAAGUCCGGUGACAGAACCGGCGCAGGACCCAGGCGGGCUCCAGCCCCCGCUCCCGCCAAGGCCUCCUUACAGUCCAUAGCCGAUACCCUGAAUCGGCUAACCAUCACCGUGGAUGGCAUGGGCCAGUACCUGGAGAGGAUGGACUGGACGAUGCAACGCCAACACCACGACAUGAAAGCGUUCUUCCGCGGCAUCAACUACGUCCCGCCGCCCUUUGACACCACCUUCCUCGGCCAAAACUAUGAAGGCGAGGACGAGGAGGAUAACUGCUAUGCUCCAUCCUCCUCCCCCGACGAAGCCGACUUUGAGGACGCGGUCGACGGGGAUCCCAUGGAUGUUGAGGACGACGAAGAUGACGAGGACCCCACUGCCUAGACUCUUCCUUCUCUCCUCUCCCUACUUUAAUUGCAUUUUUUAUUUCAAUUCCGUUGUACUCCGCAUUUUCUCCUCCUUUAAUGAAUAAAAGUUUACUUUUAAAUUAUAAAGUUCACUUUUAAUUCUUUUUGUUAAUGUCAAAAGGGGGAAGAUAUCAAGGUUAUGCAUAAAUUGAGGGCGAAUUU